AUGCCAGAAGGCUUAGACGAAAUGACCAACGAAGAAAUCGUUGCUGAUACCAAGAAUGUGGUUCGAAGUCUAGAAACGCUGUUUAAUCAACACUCGGAUGUUUUAACCUCACUCACUAUCAUUAAGGAUGAUCAUCAACAACAGCAUCAUGAUGAAGAUCGUAUUCGUGUUUUACAUAAAUCGAUCGAAAGUAUCCAACUUGGCAUAGGAGAAGCACAAGUUAUUAUUUCUCUGACCAACUACUUAAAUGCGGUCGAAGCAGAAAAGCAAAAAUUACGUGCUCAGGUCAAGCGACUAUGUCAAGAAAAUGCUUGGCUUCGAGAUGAAUUAGCUUUAACGCAACAAAAAUUGCUUUCCAGUGAAGAAAGUGUUGCCCAGCUAGAAGAAGAAAAAGAGCACUUAGAAUUUAUGAGUUCCGUCAAAAACUAUGAAUCAUCCGAGGAUAAAGACAUUUUAAUCGAGGAAGAAUCCAGUACUAGGCAAAGUACACCAACAGAACAGCAAAGUACAGUUAGCGAAAGUUCAGUUGACAUGAAUACAGCUUAUGAAAUUCCUAAUCGAUUGAAGACAUUACAUAAUCUGGUGUUACAAUACACUGCUCAGGGUCGCUACGAAGUGGCAAUACCACUAUGCAAGCAAACAUUGGAGGAUCUUGAAAAAACAUCCGGCCACGAUCAUCCUGAUGUUGCAACAUUGUUGAACAUCCUUGCUCUAGUCUAUCGGGAUCAGCAUAAAUAUGAUGAAGCGAGUGAAUUAUUGGAAGAUUCACUGCGUAUUCGUGAGAAAACAUUAGGCGCAGAUCAUCCAGCGGUUGCCGUAACGUUGAACAAUUUAGCCGUCCUAUAUGGAAAGUUAGGAAAAUAUAAGGGAGCAGAACAGCUAUGUAAGAGGGCUCUUGAAAUUAGAGAAAAGGUCCUUGGGAUGAAUCAUCCUGAUGUCGCAAAGCAAUUGAACAAUCUUGCUUUAAUAUGCCAAAAUCUUGGGAAAUAUGAUGAGGUUGAAUGGUACUACAAGAGGGCACUAGAGAUAUAUCAAAAGCAACUAGGCCCUGAUGAUCCAAAUGUAGCUAAGACAAAAAAUAACUUGGCUUCUAGUUAUCUUAAACAAGGAAAAUACAAAGCGGCUGAAAUGCUUUAUAAGCAGGUGUUAACUAGAGCUCAGGAAAGAGAAUUUGGAACCGGAGACAGAGAAGCUAUAGCUGUCAAAACUGAAGAUUACGCUGUCGAUAAGCCGGAAAGCCCACCAUCCGGCACGGUCAAUGAAUUAGGAAAUUGGUAUAAGCUUUCAAAGCAAGACAAUUCAGCAGUAUCGACUACCUUAAGAAAUCUUGGUGCGUUAUAUCGAAGACAAGGAAAAAUGGGCGAAGCUAGAACUUUAGAAGAUUAUGGACUGCGAAAUCGAAAAAACUCGGACAGUUCACGGCAGAAAAGGACCAGUAAUCUAACUGUUAUUGAUGAAAAGACUAAUAUGGAAGGUAGUACAUCGCAUGUACGCAUACGAAAUGAGAGUAUGUGCGAACCUGACGAAAUCGGGACUUCAAAUAUACCAAAAGACAAUAAAGAUGACGAUGCUGCUUCAAGAAAACGGGAAAGUUCACUUUCACGAUUAAGGAAAACCUUAAGCAGUAAAGGCUUGCGUUUAAUGGAUAAAUUCUCUACUAAUAACGGUGUCGAAUCACCAAGAUAUCAGAUGGGCGGUGAAAGAGUGGAAUUAAUGAAUAAACCUGAUAGAAGACUGUUUUCUCCUACUGUAAAAGCCGUUGGUAGAACCAUUUCAACCCCUACACUUGCCUCACCUACUCAGAAAGAUAGCGAGCUAUGAGAAUGGGACUUGAAACUGAACACUGUUUUCUUUAAAAGCAAUCAAUUGCUGACAUUUAGAUCGUAGUUUUUUAGAAUUGAAUUGAAUUAAAUAUUAAUUGUACCUUGUACUAAGGAGAUUAUUGUAUUUAUAUAUCAAAGUCUCAAAUUAACGUCGUGAAUAUAACGAAAGCUAUAAUUGAGUUACCUUACCUUAGUGUAAUAUAUUGUUAUAUUUGUAUAGCAAUUGGUUGGCUAUCAUUUGACCAUAACCCAUGGUAAACGUAUAUAGAUUUUGGGUAAAUUGUAAAAUUGGAUAUAUUAUUUGGAUAACAUCAACUAUCUCCGAUAGAAUUGGAUAGUACUGUUUAUAUUUAGGUCCAAAUUUAUACUAAUUAUUAUUAGUAGUCAUUAUUGUAAUACACAUACGCAUACGCAUAGAUACGACUCGUAUCUAAUAUGUGUAGGGUAUAUAUUGAUCUCUGCAAGUAUUACUUGUAUGUAAUAGAGUAUUCGU